UCACGGUAUAAAUACGACACAAACAACACGACACUACACAGUUCAGCUUGCGUCGCCAUCCGGUGUUAACGAAGCUACUUUUUUGUUUCUAGUUCAGUCUUUUAUUUCUAUCAAUAAUGAAACUCGCGAGCGUGGUGGUGGUGCUCCUGCUGGUGCUGACGGCGGUGUUCACCUGCGUCAGCGCUGACCCCAUCGCCGACCCAAAUCCCAUUUGGAAGAAACUUAAGAAAUAUAGGAAGAAACACAAGAAAUACGGCGGCCGUAGACGAGGCUACGGGCGAAGUUACGGAGGAGGCUACGGGGGAGGCUACGGAGGAGGCUACGGGGGAGGCUACGGAGGAGGCUACGGAGGAGGCUACGGAGGAGGCUACGGGGGAGGCUAUGGUGGCGGAGGCUAUGGCAGAUGGUAGUAGUGCUAUGAAGCCUCAUUUAGGAUACGCAAAAAAUCUUGCUUUUAGACAAUGUAAGAUUCUUGGACAUCUUCCAUAUCUGGGUUAUCUGUGUCCUUUCCCGUGUCCUUUGUGGAUGUAUCAAUGUGUCCUAGCCAGCCAGACUGAUUUCUAUUAAUCAUUAAUUCUUCCUAUGUGUCUUAUGAAUCAUCAGUGGUGAUGCUGUCGCGGCGGAGAAUCAUCACUCGUCCUGUUUAAGACGAUUAAGUUAAGCCGAUCACUAUUGACGCCUGCAAGCUCCCACAAUAGUCUAAGAGAACAUCUUACUAAGACCUCAACAUGCGAAUGAAGAUUAUACUGAAUUAUAUGAGCAUUAGCAAAUAUAUAUAAUCACGAACAAUUAUAUAAUAUAUAUAUAUCUUGUUAAGUUUCUAUGCUAAGUGUCUAAGAAACAUGCAAAGUUAAUAUUAUCAAAGUUUUUAUAACAGAUUAUUGAAGUUACUCUCUUUCAUAACUCCUUUUUACCUGUUCAUAAUUUAUACACUAAAAUAAUUUAAUAAUAAAAUGCAACUUUUUCGA